UAUAACUCUGUUUAUAUGUAUUAUUGUCAUUGUCACAUUACAUUACAUACAUAUAUAUGUCUAUUCUUCCACUUUUCUCCAUUGUUUCUUCUUCUUGCCAUGCCUGUUAACUUACUACGCUCCAUAACCCAUUCCCCAUGCCAACGGCUAUUUUCUUUUUACUCACCACCAUCCUUUUCCUCUACACCACCACCAUCUCCACCGCAUCAACGGCCGAGAUACAAGCCUUAUUAUCUUUAAAACAAAAUAUACGCGAUCCAUUGGGCGCAUUAGACACAUGGAAUGCCUCAUCUCCUGGCGCGCCAUGUGACUGGCGCGGCAUUUCCUGUGGUACCAACAAUAGAGUUCGUGAACUCAGCUUACCUCGGCUCGGAUUAUCUGGCUUACUCACUAGCCAGAUAUCCGAGCUGAGCCAGUUACGUAAGCUGAGUCUUCACAGUAACAAAUUCAACGGAUCCAUUCCGUUGAGUUUGUCACAAUGCACCCUGUUACGAGUUAUUUAUUUACAAAACAACUAUUUCGCAGGCGGUCUCCCGCCUGCAUUUGUUAAUCUAACAAAUUUAUUAGUACUUAACGUUGCUAAUAAUAUACUUUCCGGUGAAAUCUUUAACAGUUUACCUAAUAACAUUCGUUACCUCGAUGUUUCCGACAAUACAUUGUCGGGAAACAUCUUCCCUUAUAACUCCCUUACAUUUCAGAUCCAGUUUCUUAAUCUCUCUUUCAAUUCAUUAACCGGUCAGAUUCCGCCGGUUAUCGGAAGUUUUCAGAGCUUGGAAUACUUAUUUCUCGACUCGAAUCAGCUAUUCGGUACAAUACCUUCAGCUAUAGGCAACUGUCUGAAUCUGAUUCAAUUCAGCGCAAAUGAUAACAAACUGGAAGGACUGAUUCCAAUGAGUAUUGGAGAACUUCAAUUUCUUCAAAUUAUAUCUCUUUCUGGAAACUCGUUAUCAGGUUCAGUUCCAGUAUCUUUGUUAUUAAAUUCACAAAAUUCAAUUAAAAGUAUUAAAAUCGGAAAUAAUGCACUCACGGGAUUGUUAGAUACUAAUAAUAAUAAUAGUGCGUCACGUUUUAUAAAUGUGUCAAGGUCAAUUGAAGUAUUAGACAUUCACGACAAUCACGUGAAUGAAACGUUUCCGAUUUGGAUAACCGAUUUAUCCGCACUUAAAAGCGUGGAUAUUUCUGGUAAUUCCUUUUAUGGAAAGCUGCCUGGCGAAAUUGGGAAUAUGUUGAAUUUGAAGGAGUUUAUUGUGGCGAAUAAUUCAUUGAUUGGUGAAGUUCCAACUGAUAUUGGAAAAUGUAGUUCGUUGAAUUUGGUUGAUCUUUAUGGAAACAAGUUUUCGGGUCCAAUUCCGGAUAUUUUUGGGGGUUUAAAGAGGCUAAAGUAUUUGUCACUCGGAAGAAAUCUUUUCAAUGGAAAGAUACCUUCGAAUAUUUCGAGCCUUGUCGAGCUGGAAUCUUUGAAUUUGGGCGAAAAUUGGUUGACCGGACCUUUGCCUAGCGAAUUAACGCAGCUUAGCAACUUAACUUCAUUGAAUUUGAGUUAUAAUAACUUUUCUAGUGAGUUUCCUAAUAUUAUAGGGGAAUUACCGGGUUUAACUGAGUUAAAUAUGAGUGGUUGUGGGUUUUCGGGUGACUUUCCCGCCGAUAUAGGGAAUCUGCGAAGUCUAACUAUUCUUGAUUUAAGCAAGCAGAGUUUUUCUGGUGAGUUGCCUAUUGAGUUAUUCGGGUUACCGAAUUUAAAAGUUGUUGCGUUGGAAGAAAAUUGGUUUUCUGGUGAUGUUCCUGAAGGGUUUAGUAGUUUGUCAAGUUUGAAGUAUUUGAACCUGUCCUCGAAUUCAUUUUCGGGUGAUAUUCCCGCUGAGUUUGCUUUCCUUUCGUCCUUAGUCAUGCUUUCUCUUUCGGAUAACAGGAUUAGUAGCUCCAUUCCUGUUGCAUUUGGUAAUCUUUCGAAUCUUGAAGUACUUGAACUUGAUCAUAAUGUUUUAACUGGUUCAAUUCCAGGGACUUUUUCACAGCUGUCUCAUUUGAAAAGGCUUGAUCUAAGUCAUAAUGGGUUAACCGGUGAAAUCCCUGAAAAUAUUUCUGAUUGUUUGUCUCUUGGUUCUUUGUUAUUGGAUUCAAAUCGUAUUUCUGGACACAUACCAGCCUCCCUUUCGAAAUUGUCUAACUUGACAGACUUGGAUUUAUCUUCAAAUAAUUUGACAGGAGAAAUCCCAACUAGUAUUUCGAUGAUUAGUAACUUGAAACAUUUGAACGUUUCGAGUAAUGAUUUGGAAGGCGAGAUACCGAGGAUGCUAGGAUCACGAUUUAGUGAUCCUUCAGUAUUCGAAAUGAACAACCGUUUAUGUGGAAAGCCAACAAAGAGAAAGUGCAAGAAAAAGAUGUCUUCAAGGAAGAAGAAACUAAUACUUUUGAUUUGUUUGGCUGCUGGAGGUGGUUUGCUUUUGUUACUUUCGUGUUGUGGGUACAUAUGUGUGCUUUUUCGGUGGCGGAGAAAGAUGUCAAAAAUGGGGAAAUCUGGUGAAGUGAAGAAACCCAGCCCGGCACGUGGAAGCUCAGGUAGAGACAAUAGUAGCGGAGGAGAUAACGGCCCCCCGAAACUAGUGAUCUUCAAGAAUAAAAUCACAUAUUCGGAUGCCCUUGAUGCAACUAGACAGUUUGAUGAAGAAAAUGUAUUGAGCCGGGGCACAUUUGGGCUUCUUUUCAAAGCCUCAUUUGCAGAUGGGACGGUACUUUCCAUUCGUCGGCUUCCAGAUACUUCUGUUCCGGAAGCAACGUUUAAGAAAGAAGCUGAAUCAUUGGGGAAAGUGAAACACCGGAACUUGACUGUUCUUAGGGGUUAUUUUGCAAGCCGGUCUGAUAACGUGCGAUUGCUUGUUUACGACUACAUGCCAAAUGGAAACUUAGCCACUCUUUUACAAGAGGCAUCACAUCAGGAUGGACAUGUUUUGAAUUGGCCAAUGAGGCAUUUGAUUGCGCUUGGAAUCGCUCGUGGGCUAGCUUUUGUUCAUUCAAUCCCAAUGGUUCAUGGAGACAUCAAACCACAAAACAUACUAUUUGAUGCUGACUUUGAAGCUCAUAUAUCCGAUUUUGGUCUCAAUAAGCUAACUGUACCUACACUAGCCGAAUCAUCGACAUCCACAACCGCUAGCCCGAUAGGGACACUUGGGUAUGUCGCUCCUGAGGCCACAUUGACUGGGGAAAUGACUAAAGAAGCAGACGUGUACAGUUAUGGAGUCGUUUUGCUAGAGAUUCUAACGGGUAAAAACCCCGUAAUGUUUAAUCACGACGAGGACAUCGUAAAGUGGGUGAAGAGACAGUUACAACGUGGUCAAAUUUCGGAACUUUUGGAACCAGGUCUUCUCGAGCUUGACCCAGAGUCAUCCGAGUGGGAAGAGUUCUUGUUGGGUCUAAAAGUUGGGUUACUUUGUACCACAUCCGACGUAACUGAACGACCAGGAAUGUCAGAUGUGGUGUUCAUGUUGGAAGGAUGUCGGGUCGGGCCAGACAUGCCAUCAUCAGCCGACCCAACAUCACUUCCAUCACCUCUUUGAAUAGUUCAAUUUAAAUGUGUGUAAUUGAAAUUGAAAUUUAGGAAUAUUUGUAAUUUUCUUAUUUAAAAAUUUAAUUAAAAUGUAUUCGUUUGUACUUUGCAAUGAAGACUUUCUUGCUGGUCUUUUUCUUUUUGCUCAUUUGGCGGAGUCAAUGACAAGAAAGAAAAGGUAAAAGCAAUCUUUUAGUGAA